AUGAUAGAGGACACCCUUCGCAUGUCGAUCUUCUACACUUACGUGAAGAUCAACGGCCAAGUAUGCAAGCUGAUCAUCGAUAGUGGUAGUUGCAUCAAUGCCGUAUGUGACGUGAUGGUCCAGAGACUUGGAUUGGUGACCACUAGCCAUCCAUCCACGUUUGAUGUGUCUUGGAUAGAUGCCACAUCACUUUCAGUGUGACUUUAGUACCAAGUGUCACUUAGGGUGAAUACCUAUGACAACCAUGUCCUUUGCGACGUCCUUUCGAUGAAAAUCAAGAGCAUCAUACUUGAAAGUUCGUGGUUGUACAAUAAUAAUGUCCACCUCUAUGGAAGAGCAAACGCUUACUCUUUCGUGCAUCGCGGUCGAAUGGUUAUUUGGUACCCCUACACCAUCAAGCCUCUGACUAGACAAGUGACUACCACUUGAGUGGGGUUGGUGGUUGUUAGGAGACCAACAUUUCAUAGGGAAAUCACAAGGGAGAUCACUGAUACUCCCACCUUUUUGGCCUUGAUGUCGGGUGUUCCUACUGCUACCACUCCAUCCUCAAACCCACCAAAGCUCGAGGACAUCAUGAUGGAGUAUGGUGACAUAUUCCUCGAGGAGUUGCCUAACAAGUUACCACCGAUACAUCAUAUACAACACACGAUCGAUCUCGUGCCGAGAGCCACAUUCCCCAACAUGCCACAUUACCAUAUGGAGCCCUCCAGAUACAAGGAGCUAUAUCGUCAAGUUCAAGAACUACUGGAAAAGGGUUGUCAAGCUCGUGCACUGUUCCUGCACUUCUAG